ACUGGGAUGAUGGGCACCGGCUCAUCGGCCGCCAUCUUUAUGAGUGCCGUAUCAAUUAAUUAGGUGAAUUUCGGCAAAAACUGCAAAAAUUCUUCAACUUUUGCUUAAAUUCUUGCUCUAUCUAAUGUAAAUACAUUGUGGAAAGUGUCUAGAUCACAGGUAACUACCCACAAAAGUGUUUUAUGUGUGGGAAAAGUGUGAAAAUUGUGUGCAAAAAUGGACUUUUUUCCCAACAAUGUGGUUGACUCAUUUUGACGUCGCAUUCGUUUUUUUUCCCUCCUGGCCCAAUAAAAUAAAAAGUCAUCCAUCACGGUGAAUUUUCCACGAGAAUUUGCAUUGUUUUUUCUGUGAAAAGUGGUGAUAAAUAGACGCAGAGGCAGUGAGUUGCUAAAGACGAAGAAAUGAAUUCAAUCGGUCCAAUGGCUAUUGCGCCAACGGAGAAUGGUCUGCACCAGGAGAAAGUGGCUAUUCUGGAUGCUGGUUCCCAGUACGGAAAGGUGAUUGACAGAAAAGUGCGUGAUCUUCAGGUAGAAUCGGAUAUUCUGCCCCUAAAUAUGCCCGCUCUGGCGCUCAAGGAGCAAAAUUACCGGGGCAUUAUUAUUUCCGGGGGCCCCAAUUCCGUCUACGCCCUCGAUGCACCCCAAUACGAUCCGGCCAUCUUCAAGCUCAGCAUUCCAAUUCUUGGCAUCUGCUACGGGAUGCAAAUGAUCAACAAGGAAUUCGGGGGCUCCGUGGGCAAGAAGGAAGCCCGCGAGGAUGGACAGAUGGACGUCACGGUGGAGACUUCUUGUCCACUCUUCAAUCGAAUGAACAUCAAUCAGACGGUUUUAUUGACUCACGGCGACAGCAUAGAUCGCGUCUGUGACAAAUUCAAAGUGUCGGCCGUGUCGAAGAACACAAACAUCGUGGCGGGAAUCUACAACGAGCAACUCAAUAUUUAUGGUGUUCAAUUUCAUCCAGAGGUUGAUUUGACGGUCAAUGGCAAGCAGAUGCUGUCGAAUUUUCUCUUUGAUAUUUGUGGAAUGUCUGAGAGGUUUACUCUGCAAAAUCGCAAAGAAGAAUGCAUAAAGGCAAUCAAGGAGAAAAUUGGCAAUAAAAAAGUUCUGCUUCUUGCGAGUGGAGGAGUUGAUUCGACAGUUUGUGCAUCUCUCUUAACUAAAGCCGUGCCUCCAUCUCAGUUAAUUAUUGUUCACAUAGAUAAUGGAUUUCUGAGGCAGAAUGAGAGUCAGGUUGUUGAAAAGUGUUUCAGUGAAAUCAAUAUAAAUGUGAUUGUGAAGAGGGCACAUCAUCAAUUUCUCAAUGGGACAACAACAAUAAAGCAACCUGGAUCGCACUACAGUACAGACACUCCAAUGCUCUCGAUGACGACAAAUCCGGAGGAUAAGAGGAAGAUCAUUGGGGAUGUUUUUGUGAAAGUGACAGAUGAAGUUAUAAAGGAGCUCAAGUUGAAGCCUGAAGAUAUUCUUCUGGCACAGGGGACACUCAGACCAGAUCUAAUUGAGUCAGCUUCAUCAAUGGUUAGCACUAAUGCAGACACCAUUAAGACACAUCACAACGACACAGAACUCAUCAGAAAACUUCGUGAUGCUGGUCGUGUUGUUGAACCUCUCAAAGACUUUCACAAGGACGAAGUACGAGCUUUAGGAUAUGAUUUGGGUUUGCCAAAUAAAUUGGUGGAACGACAUCCUUUUCCGGGGCCAGGAUUAGCCAUUCGGAUCAUUUGUGCCGAUGAGCCCUACAUCGAGAGAGACUUCUCAGAAACACAGGUGAUUGCUCGUGUUAUAGUGGAUUACAAUCAAAAAUUGCUGAAGAAUCAUGCACUGCUGAGUCGUGUGUCCGGAACGACGUCGGCGGAGGAACAGAAGGAACUACGAAGGAUCUCCAGUGCGAUAAAGCUCACAGCCACAGUUUUGCCAAUUCGGAGUGUUGGUGUUCAGGGGGAUAAGCGUUCGUACAGCUAUGUUGUGGGGAUUUCGAGUGAGGGUACACCAAAUUGGGGGGAUUUGCAAUUCCUGGCCAAGAUAAUACCGCGCAUUUUGCACAAUGUCAAUCGAGUUUGUUAUAUAUUUGGCGAACCUGUACAGUAUCAAAUCACCGAUAUCACACAUACACAUAUAUCGCGCAAGACAUUGGCUCAGCUCAGAGUUGCCGAUGCGAUAGUGAAUGAGGCACUGCAAGCUUACGGUUGCAUCAGACGCAUCUCGCAAAUGCCUGUAGUAUUAAUUCCACUUCACUUUGAUCGUGAUCCAGCCAACAGGAUGCCAUCGUGUCAGCGUUCAAUUGUGCUGCGGCCGUUCCUAACGAAUGACUUCAUGACGGGUGUCCCAAUUCUGCCCGGAUCUGAAAAUCUACCUAUGAAUGUCGUGGAAAAGAUAGUUCGUGAUAUUCUCUGCGUACCUAGCAUUUCUAGGGUGUUAUACGAUUUGACGCCUAAACCACCAGGCACCACAGAAUGGGAAUGAUUUCAUUUCCGGCAUCUCUAAAAGAAAAAAAAAAGAAAAAUCUAUCAUCAACAUUUUUUGUCAUCUCUAUAUAGUUGUUCAAAGAGAAAAUGAGAGAGAAAAAGAGCGAAAGAAAGAAAGAAAAAAGGAAAGGAAGAAUGUGAGGAACAAAAAUAUGAAAAGAGAAAAUCCAAACAAAAGAUGUAACAUCAAAAGGCAAUUUUCACGGAGAAAAGUGACAGUUUUCUUUUUGAAGAAUCUGAGUAAAGAGGACAAUUUAGAUGCAGAAUCCAGUUACAUAAAAAAAUUAUAUAUAUAUAGAGAGAGAAUGCAGAAGACAGUGAAUUCAGAGAAAACAAAAAAUAAUGCUAUCGUGAAGAGAAAUUGCCUCUUUUUAAAGUUUUUUUUUCUUCUUUUUAUGUUGUUGUGUGCGAAUGAUUAAGAAAAAAAAAAUAUAGCUGACGUAUGAGAAGUUGGAAAAAAAUAUCGAACAUUUUAAAAAAGAAAAAACAGUGGAAAAAAUGCUGAAAACUUGGUUUAUAGAGUUUUAAAUAAAUAAAAAAAAGGAUGGAAAAUAAAUCUACAGGACACUGAUAACAGUAGCUGGCGCAUUAUGUACGUUUUAUUAAAUUUUAAACUAAUAUUUAUAUAUUACAAAAAUAAACUUAUUGAGAUAGAAAAAAAACACACAAAUCUGUUCAGAGAUGAAACAUUCAGCAGUGGAAUUUUCUACAAUUUUAGGUUAUGUUGAGUUUUUCGUACUUAUUUUUUUUCUAAAAUUAUUUAAAACGAAAAAACAGACCAGAGAUAGAUAGAAGGUGCUAAAAUAGCUGAAGAAAGAUAAAAAUUGCCAAAAAAUAUGGUUUCAAAGUUCUUAAAACAACUUUUCAUGCUAAAUGUUUCAUCAUUGAGAAAAUCCCAUGAAUUCUCUUUCCAGUGAAGCUUUGUUGUAGAAAAUUCUCACACAACAUUUUCUUGUAAAAGUCCAUAAAACAGAAAGUCUCGAAGAAUUCUUCGCUUUUCAGUUUUUUUCCAUUUUUUUUAGGAUUGUAUAACAAAUAAAUUUGACACAUUAGUGGAGAGAAAUGAACCUCACGCGAAGGGUUGAUGUGACAAAUUAAAUAAAAAAAAAGAAUCCCCAAGG